UUAGCAAAACAGCCCUCAGGGGACAGUAUAGCUAAGAUAUUGAUAACGUACUUUAAGUGUUUCUUAUAUUUAAAUAACUACAUAUCUCUCGACACAUGGAUGACAUUAUGUUGCAAGCUUGUUAGCUAGCUGGCUAGCUAACACUCAGCCAUCGAGUUCUGAAAGAAACAGUGAGGGUUGUAGUCUAGCAAACGGUAAAUUAGGAAAGUGCACACAACGUGGCUGGCUAGCUGGCUAGCUAACAAACCAGCAUCGGUUCAAUGUGAACAUGCCUUUCGAUAUCACCAUCGGAAAGUAUUAAUGAGCUCUUUCUAAAGAUCUAAAAGGUGCCUCGCCCUGGGACCAGUUGCACUGACAAGUUAAUCCCAAAGGAUACCCGUGAGUUAGCAUCAGUAAGGAGAACCCAGGUCAGCGAGAGAGUGAUGAACCGUGGGCCCCCCCAGCAGCCACAGAGCUGUGGCCCUUGGGAACUGAAGGAGCGUCUGGGAACAGGAGGCUUCGGGAACGUCACACGAUGGCAGAACAAGGAGACCAAUGAGCAGAUUGCCAUUAAACAGUGCCGGCAGGAGCUGAGUGAAAAGAACCGGGAACGGUGGUGUCUGGAGAUCCAGAUCAUGAAGAGGCUAAAUCAUGAGAACGUUGUGGCAGCGCGGGAGGUCCCUGAGGGACUGCAGAAACCGGGCACCAAUGACCUCCCACUGCUGGCCAUGGAGUACUGCCAGGGCGGGGACCUGCGCAAGUACCUGAACGCACUGGAGAACUGCUGCGGUAUGAGGGAGGGCUCCGUUCUGAUCCUUCUGCGGGACAUAUCCUCAGCUCUGACCUACCUGCACCAGAAAAGGAUCAUUCACCGAGACCUGAAGCCUGAGAACAUCGUCCUACAGCAGGGAGAAAAACGAUUGAUACAUAAGAUCAUUGACCUUGGUUAUGCAAAGGAGCUGGACCAGAGCAGCCUGUGUACUUCCUUUGUGGGAACACUGCAGUACCUGGCUCCCGAGCUGCUGGAGCAGCAGAAGUACACUGUGACGGUGGACUACUGGAGCUUCGGGACCCUGGUGUUUGAGUGCAUCACCGGAUUCCGCCCCUUCCUGCCCACCUGGCAGCCGGUGCCCUGGCAUGCCAAGCUGAAACAGAAACAGGAUGAUAUCGUUGUGUACGAGGACCUUACAGGGGAAGUGCGCUUCUCCAAACACCUUCCCCAACCCAACAAUCUAAACAAGCUGCUGGUGGAGAAGUUGGAGCGCUGGCUGCAGCUCAUGCUGAAGUGGUCCCCUCAGGAGAGGGGCAGAGACCCAGACUAUGGCCCCAAUGGCUGCUUCAAAGCCCUGGACCAAAUCCUUGGGCUCAAGCUGGUGCAUGUGCUAAACAUGGUCACUGCUGAGAUCUUCACCUAUCCAGUCCAGGAGGGCGAGGCCGUGGCCUCACUGCAGGAGCGAAUCGCCUGCGACACUCACAUCCCGCCAGCCAAUCAGGAGUUGCUUCUAGAGGCAGGCCUGGCCUUGGAGCCCAAAAGCGAUGCCACCCAGUGUGCCGUGGAUUACAGUACAAUUGACGGUCGCCGGACAGACCUUCCCCUGGUCUUCCUGUUUGACCGCAGCUGCAGCAACUACGAGCCCCGGUUCAGCCCUCGCCUGCUCCCUGAGAACAUCCGAUUCGUCCAGAUGGACCCUAAACGCGUCCUGCAGUACAGCCCUCUGCGCCGCACCUGGGGUCAGGCCUGGCACACCAUCCGCUCCCUCAAGGAGGACUGGCAGAGGCUGCAGCAGGGACAGAAGGCUGCCCUUAUGAGUCUGCUCCGCCACAACAGCUCCCUCUCUAAGCAGAAGAAUGAGAUGGGCUCCAUGCACCACUGCAUGCAGGCCAAGCUGGACUUCUUUAACACCAGCCUGCACAUCGACAUGGAUAAGUACCAGGAGCAGAGGACCACGGGCAUCGCCUCAGAGAAGAUGCUGAGCGUGUGGAGGGAGAUGAAGCAGACUGCAAACAGCUGUUGCCAGGCAAGUGAAGUGACAGACUUGGAUGAGGAGAUGAUGGCCCUGCAGACAGACAUUGUGGACCUUCAGAGACAGCCAUGGCGAUGCGGAGAGACGCUGGACACACUUGAAGGAAAGGCAAUGGAACUGUUUCGGAAACUGAGAGAGAAGCCUAGAGACCAGCGGUGUGCAGGAGACAGUCAGGAGAUCGUGCGCCUGGUGGUGCAGGCAGUGCAAUUCUAUGAGAAGAAACUGCGGGAUUUCUACACGCAUCUGAGCAAGACGGUGGUGUGCCGCCAGCGUGUGAUGGAGCUCCUGCCUCGGGUGGAGGGGGUAGUGAGCAGAAUGGCCCACAGUGAGCAGAUCCUCAUGAGCCUGCAGGAGAAACGGCAGAGGGAGCUGUGGAACCUGCUCAAAGUGGCCUGCAGCAAGGUGCGCAGCCCUGUGAGUGGCAGUCCCGAGGGGGGGCGCGCUCCCUCCUCGGUCCCACAGCUGCUUUCCUCCCGGCCCCCUCAAUCUGCCAGCCUGGACAACUUCCAACCGCGAGAGGACUCCCUGCUGGUUAUUGAGGAGAGCAGGCGCUUCGAAAGCCGCUUGCAGAGCCUGGUGCAGGAGACCAUCCAGGAGACAGAGAACGACAUGCAGCUCUUCAAGGAGUGGCAGUGGCUGGAUGGAGCACAGGACCUCUCCAGAUAAUGAAGUGAUCUCCUUGAAGGAGAUGGCUUAGAUGACUGCUAGAGAAAAGAAACUUCAACUUUCCCCAAGUUUCAUUUUAACGUGUUAUUCUGCUACCCCCAAGUGGACAGACAGAUGUACUGCAAGCUGGUGAGGAAGGACUACUGCUGGAUCAUUGAGGACAAUUCUAAGUUUUUUUAUGAGACAGAUUAGAUAAAAUUUUAUCUUCCUUCUACCGUCACCCUACCCACCUUCUCUCACUGGCUCCAUGCAAAGGCAGUAUGUCUGAUAUCAGUAUAUAGACCAUUGACACCUACUCACUCAUAAAAGGAAUUGUAUAUAGAAAUGGAAGCCACUCAGCCAUCUAUCCCUGGAUGUAGGGUUUAAUGCAGGCAUAGUUUUUCCAAGUACAUUUGAAUUAGUUUUAUUUCAGUAAAAAUUAGUCCAUCAUGUUCAUUGUACCCAUAUCAUAUGAAGCCUUCACCACCACCUUCCUAUUGGUUAUGUGAAAUGGUGCAGGACUCCAUGUAAAGUAAUGCCUUAUAUUGUGUGUGGUCUGGCUGUAUAUCAGUAUCCAUGCAGGGAGAGAUGCAAUUAUUCUUUCAAUCAGAUGUGUUUUUAAAAAGAAGUUGUAUAUUUAUUUUUAAUACAAUUGAAAUUUUCAUGUGCUGUGCGUCUUUUUUAACGUGUAUGUGCUGGAAGCAGAAAAGGUGGGGAUAAAAAGAUGGGACUUGUCAAAGGGGAGGAGCUAUUGGUAGCAAGAUUUGAAAAAGAAUAGAAAUGAUGCAUACCACUAGGCAGAAAGUGUGCUUUAACAAAAAAAUAAGGAGCCUUCAAGUCUAAACAUUUUUAUUUUGUGAUCAGAAUUCCUUUAAAGUUUGAGGUUUCACUUCUUUUUUUGAGAACCUACUCUCCCAACACAACAGAGUCGACGGACAUGGCAGAGAUGGAGAAAUAAAAACACAAAGAACAUAAGAGGAACGGGUGAAAUCCACAUGCAGUUCAGCCUUCCCACAACUCAAAAUGAUACCAAUGAUUAGCAGUAGUGAUUAUAGCCAUGUAGGGUACAAAGCACAAUGUGUUUGUGUUCAGGACUCUGAGGACUUGUCUGUGACAAGGUGCAGACAUUCAUUUGAGGAAUUCAAGCGUGCUCAACUCAGCAGGAAGCAGGUAUGUUGUAUAUAGCCCUAAUAGGAAGUGGGCUGAGAGAUGGUGGCUAGGUUGAUAAUAAUCGAUAGCUUCUGAUGUCAGCAUCCACUUCCUCUGCCCAGAUUUUAUAACUGUCACA